GUUUUGUCCCUGUCAGAGGGCGGAGUCACGUGCAACUUCUCUACCAAACUUUUAAGUCUUAUAGUUACUCAAUCCUGUAGAUACUGAGCGUUUACAUUCCAGCCAUAAAAAUGGAAAUUCCGGCUAUAAACCUGAAGGCCAUCCUGGUGGUCCACUGGUUCCUGACAGUCUGCGGCUGCAUUACCUCGCUGCCGCCUUCCUACCUCGCUGCUAACUUCAGUGUGCUGGCUGUGGGAGUGUGGGCCAUGGCUCAGAGAGACUCUGUAGACGCUGUACUGAUGUUCCUGGUUGGUCUGUUGUUGACGAUCGUGAUCGACAUCAUCCACUUUGCUACACUUUACCCGCUGCAGUUCCCUGGAGGGGAUUUGUUCCGCUUCUGCGUGGGCAUGGCCAUCCUCAGCCUCCUCCUCAAACCUUUGUCCUGCUUCUUCGUCUACCAGAUGUACCGUGAGAGAGGCGGCGAAUACAACAUCAACUUCGGUUUUCCGACAGUGACCCAGAACCGAGACACCUAUCAGUCCAUCGAUCAGCAGGCCCAACCUGACCACUCGGACAAGCCGUUUAUCCAAGGAGACAACCAGAAACAUGCUGUGCUCUCGUACUGAUUUAAGCCUUAACUCGUUAUCUUUUUUUUUUUUUCUCAUUUAUUUAUUUUUUUUUGUUUGCUGCACUACUGGAAAAAAAAAUGCUAAAAAAGUACUAAAAUGUUGCAUUGCUUGUUACUGCUGGGAGACCCUCAGGGGUCAGUAAUCACCACCAUUAUUUUGUAUUUUUCACCUGGGAAAGUGAAUGUAGAUGAUUCAGGAGUCAUCCUUAGACCUUAUUUGGAUCUAAAUGAGUUGGAUUGAAUAUAUAACACACAGACACGUAUACGAGGAAUGUUCUGUUGAACAUCCCACCACCAUGACUAGCAAUAAUACAGUUUGGUACUUAUUUUUGUGUUGGAUUAAUUACAGCUUGUGCAUCAGUGACGCAUCACAUGUUACAUAAACUGUCUUGAUUGUUUUCUGUAACAAACUUUACAGCACUAUAGUUAGGUGUGGCAGGUCACAGGUACCCACACCUGUUUUCUAUCAUUUAAAUCCUUGUAAGUUUUUGAUAAUGUAUAGAUAUAAGGUACUUUAUGGAAGAAAAUAUAUGAAAAUAUACUUAUAUACAUAUCUAUAUAUCAGUAUGUUUGGACAGGUUUAUGUAUGAAUGUAGUAUGCAGAAGUCGAGGACGAAUAACCACACAAUGUCAUAUCAUGAUACCUAGUAUAAUGGACUACUUGCACUCAGGGCCAUGAUGUAUUUUCAUUACAUUUGGCAGUACAGUGAGACAAGCACAGCUAAUAUUUGUUUUUGUUUUUUUCCCCCAAUCUAACAUUCAACUAGAUAUUGAUUUCUAUUCAGAGGUGUUUUCAUCCCUCCAUAGUGCUUCCCAAAUCACAUGAGCUUGAACUUCACUGAUCUUUAUUUAUUUUCAGGAGCUCUUGCAGACACCAGGUGUAAAAUAGCAACGUUAUAGUGGACGAGCUGGAAGCACAAAUUGUCAUCUUUAGAAUAGAAAAUUUUAUUCUGUCACAUUUACAUUACAGCACAGUGAAAUUCUUUCUUCACAUAUCCCAACUUUAAAAGUUGUGGUCAGAGCACAAGGUCAGCCAUGAUACAGCACCACCUAAGCAAAGAGGGUUAAGGGCCUCGCUCAAGGGCCCAACAGUGGCAGCUUGCGUUACUGGGGCUUAAACCAUGAUCCUCCAAUCAACAACCCAGAGCUUUAACCACUUGAGCCACCACUGAUCUUAAUUAAGAUCUAAAGUGUUUGGUAUAAAGUGUUUAUGCAAGUAGCCCAUUACACCUCUGGAAUGAAGGAUUACAGAUGAGGUUGAAGGAAAAAUAAGAAUUAGAGGAUAUGUACAUGAGUUUAAUUGAAAAUGAUUUCUACUAGAAGCGAGGGCAAUUUCAUGUCUUAAAAAGUAAUAUUAGAUGACGUGUUAGUCUUCAUAAUGUAGAAAAAGGACCUUUGAGGUGAGGAAAAAAGGAGAGAAUAUAUAUAUAUAUAUAUAUAUAUGUAUGUAUGUAUGUAUGUAUGUAUGUAUGUAUGUAUGUAUGUAUGUAUGUAUGUAUGUAUGUAUGUAUGUAUGUGUCACUUUAUCAUGUUUUUGGAUGGAAGUUGUUCCAAAGUUUUGCAAUUGAACAAAGAUGCUGGAUAAUAAUGUCACUCAUAUACUGUACACUACUGUUUCUUGCUCUCUUUUAGUUUUUCGGAGCUCUUUCAUAACAGUAGAAAUUUUCCUCUUGUGGCACUCCACUUCCUGUUUAUUAGUCAACUUCAAUCUCAUGUGCCGGUUCCCCAUUUUGUAAUCACACACUGAUGUGGAGUAAAUUCUUCUGUCUUUAA